GUGACUAAAACGAACCUGCAUCGCUCACAACAUCAACAUCACGACGCUUCAACCCAUCCCCUUCAUCUCUUCCAUUUUCUCACUCUCUUGUCUUCGGGGCAAGCAACUAACGCAACCAUGAUCAUCAGCAGAAGCACAGCAACAACAAACCUGUGUCAGCGGGCCAAGAAGUCACGGUGGAAUUUUGUCAACAAGAGGAACUUGGCGGCGACGACAAUCACAAGACGCCCACUGCAGCCGUUUCUCUUGGAACGGUUUGAUGGAUGGAAUGAUAGUACCAUGUCCUUGUCGUCCAGUGAAUGUGAAGCUCUCUCGUUGAAAGAACUGAUGACAUAUGCCGAUGACAAAGGAUUGGAACGGUGGGACUCUUUGUCAUUGGGAUAUGUGGAGCCUUCGAAUGGCAGUGACUAUCUACGAGAAGAAAUUAUCAAGUCACAAUUCAACAACCAGCUCACACAACUGGACCCGUCCUAUAGCGUCAAUGUAUGUGCGCCGCAAGAAGGAAUCUUUCUGGCAAUUCAAGCCCUCUGUCAACCGGGGGAUCAUAUUGUUGCUGUGGCGCCGGCAUAUCAGAGUUUACACGAAGUCGCUGCAUCGAUUGGAUGCGAGGUGUCACUGUGGUGGCCCGAAGAGCGAGAAAUAGAGGUAGAGGAUCGUCAGCAGACAAAAACUACUACUACUUGCAUGCACUUUGAUCCCUCCACUCUGGAACAACUGAUCCAACCCAACAAGACCAAACUCGUCAUUGCCAACUUUCCUCAUAAUCCCACGGGUGCGCUGCCAUCCCUUGAAGAGUUCCGGGCCAUGGCCGACCUGGUGGGUGGUAUGGGUAACGCGUGGUUCUUGUUGGAUGAAAUGUAUCGAGGGCUGGAACAUGCCGGUGCGGACCAUCGACUACCUCCCAUUGCCACGGUCAUGCCUCGUGGCAUCUCGUUAGGAGGGGUUUCCAAGUCGUUCGGAUUGCCCGGUCUCCGCAUUGGAUGGUUGGUCAACCAAGACAGAGACUUUCACAAACGUGUGUCGGAACUCAAAGAUUAUACCACCAUUUGUCCACCUGCCCCCUCCGAGGCAUUGGCAUAUAUAGCCCUUCGAGCACAAGAGCAACUGUGGCAACGAUCCCACAGUAUUCUGCAAGAGGGUCUGCCGAGGCUGCGAGAGUUUGUACAGGCAACAACUGCAACGGCUCAAGACCGCUACUCGUUUGAAUGGUGCGAACCAAUGGGAGGAACCUUUGCCUGGGUCAAGUUCUCGGAUCGCCAUGGUACCACCACAGCCAGUGAGUACAGUGAGGCAGUGCGACAACGGACUGGGCUCAUGAUGGUCCCAAGUGGUCUCUUUCCCGAAUGCUUGCCUGAGAAUGAUCGACUUCGAAUGACGUAUGGGAAGAAGGGGGUGCCGGAAUUGCUGCAAGUGUUGGAACGAGACCUGGCGUUGUCACGAGAGGAGGAUCUGUAGGACAUCAUGCAGCAAAAAGUCAAAGAGCAAAGCAUGCAUCUAUCUUUUGAAUGGCUGGGGACUGGCUUCAACGAACUUGCACUAGCUAGCUAACGUGAAGUGGGCGGCCUACUAACCGAAAAAGUAAGUGUACGUGUCCCAAAUGGUGCCCGUGCCGAUAUCUCGGCCAAAACAGCAAAAAGGAUAUCCAUUUCAUUCUCUCGCCGGUCGGAGUCAAACUAACUGUAGACCGGCAACUCUUCGUGGUUUACAUCAGGAAGUGCUACAAUUCUGGUGCCUCCAGGUUUCGACAAGGGAGUUUGGCAAAAGCAUGUUAUUGUGAGAAGGAAAAGAUAGCAUUUUAUUUGCUACCACUGGUACUAUCUAUCUACUAGCUAGAAGGAGAAGGGUUGAAACCACAAGUAUGCACUUGCAGCUGCGAGUGUGCCAACAGAAAGGAGAGCAUGAGCAAAGCUGGGGUUGUUGCUGACAGCUGCAGACUCGCCGCCACCACCUCCUCCUGCCUCUGGAUUGCAGACAGAGUCUUCGAUGCCACAAAUUGUUGCUGUGGAGACAGAAGAAGAAUCACCUGAAAGAGUCCAACGCUUCCAAGCUGUUUUAUCAUCACAUUUUUGCUGCUCUGUGUUCACUCCUUCACAAACCC